AUGGUCACUCGUCUAUCUAAACGGUGCAGGGAGCUCGACAAGGGCGGCGUGAUAAACGAAGGGAGUGGCAAGAAGGCGGGGGGAGGGGAGUUUCUGGGUGUGCCAGCCGGCCUGGGUUCUUCGCUCAAGUACUGCAUCAAGAAGAAUGGAUUGGGAAAGGCGGCUAGCGAGAUAGCUCGGGAUAUACUCCCGUCAUACGACUGCACCAGGGAGAGGGCGGCAGCUAUCCGAGGCGUGGAGCGAUGCCUGAGCGAGUUUUGCAUCGUGUGGUCGACCGCAAGGCUGCUCGAUUCCCACGCCGAGUCCGCCACAAAGAGCGAUUUCGUUUUCCACCUCAAGCCGCUUCUAGAGCACACCGCUGCUCGUGACCGCCACGAGGCAGUGCUAGUGCUGUGCAGAGGGAUUUUCACGCCACAAAAUGAUGUGGUGGAGUCCAAGUGGGAGCACCAUGUCUUUGCAGCGGUGUUCCAACCGAAGUCGGGUGGAUCUUCUCUGGCCAGCGCUUUUGCUGAGGUUCAAGAAGGGAGCGCAGAGCAUCCCCGAGCGUUGCGGGCCGCCAGGCAGGCGUUUCCCUUCUUGGAGCCUCUCACAAGGUGGUCUUGGCGCUGCCGGACACCAGAGACCUCCUCUACUGACAACGACGGCGAGACUGGCACCGGCGAUGUGAAUGAGGAUGACACCAAAGCGGGACGGGAAGGGAGUGGGAGGAGAAAGAGGGGGCGUGACAACACGGGAGUUGCAUCGCUAUUGGUGGCGUUGGCGAAGGCUGACCCUUCGGGAGAGACAAUAAAAUCCAUGAUGCGGUGGGCUAUCGAGGGUCUGAUGCCGGAACAGGUGGGGGAAGCUCCGUGGAGUGCCACCGGCACAUUGGCGGACAGAAAUGAGGUCGCGCGCUGUCUCAUGUCAACUCGAGAAAUGUUUUCCGACUGUCGAGACGCUAGACACCUCAGCUGGAUGCGGGCCUGUCGGGAAGCUGGGGACGUGCUGAGUCUACUGGUCGGAGUUCUGGAUGACGAUGGCCUAGAAGGAGAGGAUUUGACGAGAGAGGUUAACCACGCAAUGUUCGUCACGACGUUCCUGCGGAGUAUGCCUGAGGGUGCCAAGGCCAGACGCGGGUACGAGAGACUCAUAGGCUCGGGAAGAGUCCCCGGCGAAGACAUGUCCUUCAGCGCCGAGAGGGGGUCGAGGGAAAGAGUCACCAGCUGGAAGGAGGCCGCGAGGGUGAUGGAUCUCGGAAUGGCCUCAGUUCUCCGCGUGUCCGAGGACAAAAUUCGCACCGAGAAAUUCCGGCAAGCGCUUUCAAGCGUGCUGAGGACAUGGCGAUCUCCUCAAAUCCUGGCAGACUACUACAAUAUCCAACAAAAAGAACGAAAGGUAAUGGGGAACUACAUUCGAUUCCUCAGAGCUCUGCUAGGGGCAUCGGACGAGAGCCUGCACGAUAUGCGCUUCCGGGACCCGGCAAAUGCGCAACAGAUGCAGCACCUCCCCGCUAGGGCACGUCAGCUCUGGGAGGCCGAGCCGUGCACGCUGGCGGGUACUACAGAUCCGUGUGUGAUAUUCCGUAUGGGAGAGGACACAAGGUCUUGCAUGGGCAUCCAACGUUCUUGCAUAAAGACGAACCGUGGGCUCCUAGGCUACCUCAUCCAAGGGAACGUGCGUUUCGUCGGAGUGCAGUCUACAAGGGAUGGCCGUAUGGAUGCCCGCGCCGUAUUGAGAAUGUUGGUGCGCUCGGACAACAAAGAAGCCGUGCUUUUCAUGGACAAGAUAUACUACAGUUCCAACCGCGACGCAUCUUUAGAACGGCAGGUCAUCGAGGAAGCAAAGAACGUAAGCGAUGCCUUGGGCAUUCCCCUCUUUCGUGCCGGCGACACCGUUCCGCGCCCUCCGAAGAUGGAAGACGAUAAAGCUCUUGCAGGUCUAAGUGGCCCCCGAGCCAUUCUUGCAAGGAGAAAGCCAAAGGUCUGCCAUCUGCUAGAGGUCAACGGAUUGGCAAGGUUCGUGCACUCAGAUGCUCCUGUGGCGCCCCUCGACACGGCUGGAAUGCUUGUCAGAGAAGACCCAAUCCCGGGUACAAACUACGACAUUGGAAGACUUAUCUUAGCCGAGCUGUGCUACACGGAAACGGAAAGCUUAUAAUAGUUCAUGGCCGUCCUUGUAUAACCCACGAAUGACUUGCUCGCGAAGCCUGAUAGAAUUAGUGGAUGUGCCGCCAUUCUGUGGAUAGAGUUGACUUGUUGAUAAAGAAUUUUGAGGGCCGUGGAGAAAAUAUGGCGUCAUUGGGGGUAUACGUUGUGGGUGCAGCGGCUUGUGCAAAGGGCUUUGUAAAAUAUGAAAUCAGUCGGCAGGCACGAAAUGUGGCACUGUACGUCUUGCCCUGCUGUUUAGGUGUUCGGAAAGUCUUUGUGGUAGUGUCAUCUGCUUGCCGCUGGUUUUCCAGUACCUCGAAGCCAAGGUCGCUAAAACCUCGCCAAGGUCAUAAGAUAGGCGACGUCGCGAAGGAGGGCAGAACGCAGCUACCUGGGACUAGGUUAUCUCCCGCGGUUCCUGGGGGCAGCAUGUAUCUCUCUCGGAGCUCUUCGCUGAGGGGGAUUGACAGCAGUAUCCCGAACCAACCUGCAGGCUGGCGAUUUUGAUUCAUGUGUUGACUGGGGCCUGCGCUCCCCUUGUGGAUAGAGUAAAAGAGGUCGGGCUUGCGCAGAAAUGUUGUAGACAGUUUGGGAAGAGAUAUUUGCGGAACAAAAUGGUGUCAAGGUCAGGAAAAAAAUAGGCAAAAUAGUCAU